CAAAUGCUGAUAUGGUUUUAAUGUUUCUUUUGCUUCUUCACAUAGAGAGCAAUUCUCCUGAAGAAGGAAAAGAAAACAUGAGAGAUUCAGUUGUAUGUAUAGAGGUCAGUUGUUGGAUCACUUCAGUUGUUUAUAGAGCUCAGAGAUGUAACGCCUAUACCAGACCAGUAUACCAGAUUCCCUCCCCCCCGUUUUACUCACCUUGGUAAACAUUUCAAGCACAGGGCGCCCACUAUAUGCAUGGUAAACAAAUUUUCUACUUAUUGGCCGAGACACAUGAAGAAAAGUCUUCACAUACACAGUCAUGGAAGAUCCAAAAAGCUGGAAACUACAGUGAAAAUCACUCAAAAACUAUGUUUAUCAUGCCUCAUUUAGAUAUUAAGAGCCUGCAAUACUUGUUCAGAGGCCCUUUGGAAGGUGUAGUAAUACUUGGUGUAACAUUCAUUAAGUUGUAUGCUACUAACAACUACAGUGAGUUUAUACGGGAUUGGGCAAAUAAUCAAACAUAAAAAUAAUUUAAAUAGUGAACAAUUUAGUUUCUCUGAUCUUUCGAUCUAGACAUGACCACCAUGUGCUGUUGCACUUGAUGCCGCAAUCUUCCUCUCUCCUGCUUCACGCACGCGCAUUCUACACGUUACGAAACGUGUGACAUCAUAAACGCGCAAUUACGAACUUAAUUAAAACUAAUUAAUAAUUUGUUUUAGGAAAUUGGCAACAACGGUGCGCAAGUUUUUAAAGAUGUAAAGUAAAAACUUCUUGAAGAAAACACUGUGUCAAAAUGACGAAUAAUACAACCGGCCAUGUGCAUGAGUCGCAUGAAGAGCACGUGCCACCGUAUGCUGUCUUGUUUAUCUUCACAGCUUGCUGUAUCGGAGGUAAGCCUGGGACGAGAUAAUGUCUGAUUUAUUUCUGAGAUGCAGUCUGGUGUAGACACAAGGCAGAACAAACAGACGAUAGUUAUCUAUACCUGGCAAUGAUUCUACGCCAGAAAUCACGCUUCAUAUUGUCCUCAUACACACGUAAAAAUCUCACAACUUGUCAACAAGAUGUGUUCGCAACAGGCUUGUAGCAAGCUUGUCAACAAGUUGUGACAAUGCUGUUAUUUUAUCAAGUUGCUACAAGCUUGUCACUCACAACUUGUUGACAAGUUGUUGAAUUGCAGGACGAUAACAAGUUGUUGGAACAACUUGUAACAAGUCUGUUGAGUUCAAUAACCUUGUAGCAAGUUGGCAGAAGCCAUUGACAACUUGUCACCAAGCUGGGAACAAGCAGUGCGAACACAUCCUGUUGACAAGUUGUUGGAACAGCAAUUGCUACAAGUCUGCUGCAGGUUUGUUACAACUUGUGCGUUUUUACGUGUGUAGUUCGUCUAUUGCUGUAUUUAUUCACGUAGACAGAUCAUCCUUCAAGACCAAUUAUGCGCGCAAGUUCCAACUAGAAACUACGGAUUGAUACAACUACCUGAAGAAUAGUUCUUGUAUUUUUCAGGUAGUUGUAUCCCUAUCAAUCUAAAGCUUUCCUAUUAUUGCCACGACCUACGCAGACACUGGCGUAGCCAUCGCAAUAUACCCGGGGUGCCAAUGCACAUUUUGUCGUGUUCGUAUAGACUGUACUGAAGACAAUAAAUUGAAAAUAAAUGAAUAAUGGUAAUGAUUUCAAAUUUGCAUUUCCACCCCGGGUAUAUUGCGCUCACAGACCCUUCAAGAUUCACUUCCAACUGUGGUGAAAAAACAGUCAUUUUCUAUGGGAUGUAGGUAGUCUUCACGGAUGAUCGAUGGUUUGUUUACCGCACAAAUCUGCAGACGAACUGCUUUUGCCGAAGUUCGUCCAGAGAGAGAGAGAGAGAGCAGCCGUGUAUAGAUCAGGGCUCACGGAGGCCGGAAGCAGCAUCCGCAGGAUAGAUAAUUUUUCAACCCGUUUCAAAGUUUGACCGUUGAACAGUAUAACCACAAUUAAAGUUUAGUAAUUAUAAUUUAGAAGGCUUUUUAUUUAUUGUGAAGUCUAAUAUUUUUAGUUUCAGAGAUUUUUAGCAAUUCUUACAAAGGUUGGAAAAAUGAUUAUCCAGUGAUAGCACUUUCCUGCCUUCAUCUUCGUACAACUGGCCUUGCAAGUCUUUAACUUUUUUCACUUUAGCCCAUUUUCCACCAGGCGAAUUUGUUCGAGUACAGUGAAGGCUCAAGCGGGGAGAACGCCUGACAUUUCAGGCUAAGUGAAGCGAAAAAGAAAUCGUGAUAUGAUUGGUCAGCGAAAAAAUUCGCUGCAAAAGUUGAAUCAGUUCCUACUUUUUUACUGUUCGCGCGAACAAAUUCACCUGAUGGAAAAUGGGCUUAAGCCUUGAGGGAUGUAAUGCAAACUUGUUUCUAACGUUUUUCUAGCGUUAUGUCGACAGAUCAUGAAAGGAUGGCCAAUUCCAUACACAGUUGUACUCAUCUUUCUCGGUUUAGUGUUUGGCGUCUUCUCCGCAAACUUCCCAGACGUUCAAGUGUAAGUGAACUAAACUAACUUUAUUUCCAGUACCAGCUUGCUCUAACAGUUCAUAUCAAAGAUACAGUUGGCGGGCUUCUGUGUAUGAACUACCUGACAAAUAAGAACAAACUUUAAAACAAACAUUUCAAAUGAACAGACAUUUUUGUUAGGUACACAACAAUGGCAAGUCAAAAUCCACAUCUGUUGCUCACAACGUUUCUGCCAGUUUUGUUGUUUGAAUCUGCUUUUGCAAUGGAUGUUCACACAUUUUAUAAAAUGUUUUGGCAGGUACAUAAUAAAUCUUUAUUUAUAGCUAAGUGAUAUAUCGGUUCUAAGGUGUUCUUCCUAUGGGUAAGGCCACCAAGGGUAAUCACACAUAAUCUUUCUUCAGUGUUUCUACAGAAGGAAACUAAACCGAACUUUAUGCUGGAAAGCUCUAUAGUCUAGGACCCCGUAUGUGAGUUUAUAACCGGUGGUGCAAUGUGCAUGGUCAUUUUCUUGUAAAAUACUAUACGUAGACAAAUUUUCCUUUCCAAUAACCACCCCUAAAUGCAACCCUUCUAAACACUUCAAGCACUUCAGAAAGGCUAUCGCUUUUCCCUUUCGGAAGUUAGCGCUAUGUAAGCACCGCCGUUUCAGGGCGGAGUCAUUUUCAGGACUUUCGUCCCGGAUUCGGGUUUUGGCACAUAUGCCCUGUUGACCUCGCCAUGGUCAUUUUACCUUGACACAGUUGAGAUUACGUGUGCUAAAUGAAACGCAUGCAAACUCCUAUAUACGCGGGUCCUAGACUACUAUAUCAAUGUUAUGCUUCCUAGAGAGUCAGUACAGGAGGAAACCAAAACUAGGACGAAAUUGCAGAGAUCGAAGUCUAGUCACAAAUUCGAAAGACACAUGCACUAACCACUAUGUCCCCAACACGUCUUAAGUAUUGAGAGCAGUUGUCUUGAUGUGCAGUAUUCUUCUUCUUUUAGAUUGUGUAUCUGGCUGUGGUGUGCAUGGCAAUAUGUUCAGCCCUGGCUGGAGUUAUGGCAAAGUUGGUGUUUACUUAUGAAUGGAGUUGGUUUGUUGCUCUAAUGUUUGGGUCAAUCAUCAGCGCCACAGAUCCCGUUGCUGUUGUUGCUUUACUCAACGAGCUGGGUAGGUUCUUGUCACGUGGCAUUAUACUUGGUUCCUUUGAACUUAUAGACUUUAAUACCUUUUUCUCAGGUGUUUCCAAACAACUUUCAACGAUCAUCGAAGGGGAAUCCUUACUCAAUGAUGGCAUGGCAAUUGUCUUGUAUAAAAUAUUUUACAACUUAGCUUUUUCAUCUAUGACAGGUAAGUGCGCAUUCUCCUCAGUCGCAUGUGAAAAGGAAUUUAUCAGUUUGACUCUACCAAACACCGCAGGUUUUCCACGGGUACACUGGUUUCUUCGAGAACACUUUAGAACUGAUAGAGCUAUCCAGUAUAAAUAAAGUUAGUUUAGGUUUCCUCGUGUAGUAACGCAGGAUCAAUAAGAGAUGAUCCUUACUGGACCGCUAGGAAGAACAGUUUAGAACUGAUAGAGCUAUCCAGUAUAAAUAAAGUUAGUUUAGGUUUCCUCGUGUAGUAACGCUGGAUCAAUAAGAGAUGAUCCUUACUGGACCUCUAGGAAGAACAGUUUAGAACUGAUAGAGCUAUCCAGUAUAAAUAAAGUUAGUUUAGUUUAGGUUUCCUCCUGUAGUAACACUGGAUCAAUAAGAGAUGAUCCUUACUGGACCUCUAGGAAGAACAGUUUAGAACUGAUAGAACUAUCCAGUAUAAAUAAAGUUAGUUUAGUUUAGGUUUCCUCCUGUAGUAACACUGGAUCAACAAGAGAUGAUCCUUACUGGACCUCUAGGAAGAACAGUUUAGAACUGAUAGAGCUAUCCAGUAUAUAUAAAGUUAGUUUAGGCAGUCUUUUUUGGAUCCCUAUGGAGAACGGUUUAGUAUAUGUUUUUCUAUGUAUUUUUAGCCACUGAAAUUGGUCUCUACUUUCCUCGCGUGGCGUUGGGCGGUUUUUUCUUUGGCCUUGUAAUUGGUAAGAUUGUAGUGUUCUGGCUGCAGCGUGUGUUCAAUGACGCGAUGGUGGAAAUCACGAUUACUCUGGCUUCAACUUAUCUUACAUAUUAUAUCGGAGAAGAGGUGCUAGGUGUGUCUGGUGUACUCGCUGUUGUCAUGUUGGGCAUUGAGAUCAACUCUCAGAAGACCAGUAUUAGCCCUGAAGUUGAAGUCUUUCUGCAUAAGUAUGUAUAGCUUUACUCACUUUAUUGUACAUUAGCUUACCAUACCACACAAUACCAUAUCAUACCAUAUCAUCCUAUUCCAUACCAUACCAUAUCAUAUACCAUGCCAUACCAUACUACACCACACCAUACCAUACCAUACCAUACCAUGCCAUCUAUGCCAUGCCAUGCCAUACUACACCAUACCAUACCAUACCAUACCAUGCCAUACCAUACCAUGCCAUGCCAUACUACACCACACCAUACCAUACCAUCUAUGCCAUGCCAUGCCAUACUACACCACACCAUACCAUACCAUACCAUCUAUGCCAUGCCAUGCCAUACUACACCAUACCAUACCAUACCAUGCCAUACCAUGCCAUACCAUGUCAUACCAUACCAUACCAUACCAUGCCAUGCCAUGCCAUACCAUGCCAUGCCAUACCAUGCCAUGCCAUACCAUGCCAUACCAUGCCAUGCCAUGCCAUGCAAUAUCAUGCCAUACCAUACCAUGCCAUGCCAUGCCAUACCAUGCCAUACCAUGCCAUACCAUACCAUACUACACCAUACCAUACCAUACCAUGCCAUACCAUACUACACCAUAAUGUACUAUAUCAUAUCAUACCAUAUACCAUACCUUACUUGACUCUGCCCAUACCGUGCUGUAGUGAACUUUCUUUUCCUUUGCUAGGUUUUGGGAAAUGCUCGCUUACCUAGCCAACACUUUAAUCUUCAUAAUGGUUGGAGUGGUUAUCAUGGAAAAAGCUCUGAGUGAAAUCGACCUGAGAGAUGGAUUUCUUAUCAUUGUUGAUUACCUCGGCAUCUGUGUAAUAAGGUACGCAUUUUACUAACGUUGUUUAUGCUCUGUUUAUGUUCUGUCGGGUGUAGGCUGUUCCUUUUAGUGGCCCAAUAAGAGUCAUCUCUUAUUGAUCCAGUAUUCUAGUGUUGCUGUAAGAGGAAACCUAAACCAAUUUUAUUUUUGCUGAAUAGUUCUAUCAGUUCUUGAUGGUUCUUCAUAGACGUCCAGUAAAUGGUAUCUUUUAUUGCUGCGGUGUUACUACAGGAAGGAACUCGAAUACCCAGAUGAAAUCUGCGGUGUUUACGAGAGUCAAACUUGAAGUACUGGUCUCACAGACAACUGCAUAUUGCAGGAAUCAAAGCCUAGUCACAAACGUGACACAUGCACUAACCAAAACGACUGUGACUCCUUGACAUAACCAGUCACGACUCACGAUUAGGCGUUAGAUGUUGUUAUGAUCAAGAGGUCAAGAGAAGGGGAAUAAUUCGUAUUCAAAGUACUUUAUUAUUUUCAGAGCUACAGUGUUAAUGAUGGCUGGACCUGUCUUGGCUCGUAUUGGCUAUGGUCUGACUUGGCAAAAUGCUGUUAUUUUAUGCUGGGGUGGUUUACGCGGUGCUGUUGGCUUGGCUCUAGCCUUGCAAGUUGCCUUGGAUUACAAAGCAGUCGGAAAUAAGGUAGGACAUCACUUGAUAUUAAGGGUUAUGAAGAUGCUGGUCAACUUUAGAAAUAUUGACAGUUCUAGCAGCAAGAGAAUGAAAUAUACUAGUUUGCAAUCAUAUUCACUGACCUUCAAACACAAGACUUCUGAUAUGAAAUGAAAUUAUUUUCGCACUCUAUACCUGCCGAUAGUGAUAAGUCCAACCCACGUAUUGUGUUGAAAAUUCUGAUUUUUUAAAGACGGUAAUUAAAUGAAACCCAAAAAUUAGACACGAUGAGUAAGACAAAAAACUUUAUUACUUUAGGUGCUACUUCAUACAGCUGGCAUCGUGAUAUUCACUUUAUUCUUGAACGCCACAACCAUUAAGAAACUGCUGGAACUCCUGGGCAUGAGCGAGAUAUCGGACUCGAAGAAGAUUGCAAUGGCGAAUGCCGUGAAACGUGUGCAAGACACGACCGCACGAACGUUCAAAAUGUUGAGAACUGAUCGUUUCCUUGCUGAUGCUCACUGGGCUCUUGCUGAGAAUGUUUGUCAAGUAGAGAAUCCUUAUAUUGUUGGCGGAGUGUACGAGGUAAGAUGAGAUAGAGGUCCAGUAAGGAUCAUCUCUCAUUGAUCCAGUGUUACUACAGGAGGGAACCUAAACUUAACUAACUUUAUUCAUACUGUAUAUCUCUAUCAGUUCUAAACUGUUCUCCCUAGAGGUCCAGUAAGGACCAUCUCUUAUUGAUCCAGUAUUACCACAGGAGGAAACCUAAAAUAAACUAACUUUAUUUAUACUGGAUAGCUUUAUCAGUUGUAAUCUGUUCUCCGUAGAGGUCCAGUAAGGAUCAUCUCUUAUUGAUCCAGUGUUACUACAAGAGGAACCGAACUACGAUAUUUGAUAGAGUCAAACUGAAAGCAGUCCUCUCACAUGUGACUGAGAUGAAAUUAGAAUGAGAGAGUUGCUGGAAUGGAGCUCCAUGCAGUCACAAAGGUGGAAGGUGCCUAAAAUAAACUAACUUUAUUUAUACUGGAUAGCUUUAUCAGUUGUAAUCUGUUCUCCGUAGAGGUCCAGUAAGGAUCAUCUCUUAUUGAUCCAGUGUUACUACAAGAGGAACCGAACUACGAUAUUUGAUAGAGUCAAACUGAAAGCAGUCCUCUCACAUGUGACUGAGAUGAAAUUAGAAUGAGAGAGUUGCUGGAAUGGAGCUCCAUGCAGUCACAAAGGUGGAAGGUGCAUACACUAACCGCCUCACUAACGUUUUAAUCAUAGAUCUGUAUUAAUCUACCAACUUUGAAAUUUUGUACAUAAUGUAGUUUAAAUUUGUAACAUUUUGUUAAUUAGAAAGAAGAAGGAGAACAACAGUUGGUGGUUAUACGUCACAGUACUUGCCCAUGCUGCUCAUCGCGUGUUCCAAACCAACCCUCGCCUAAAGAAUUCGCGGAAAUGACGGAGGAAGGGAGACUAAGGAUGAUUAAAGCACAGAAAGUCAGUUAUUGGAAACAGUUUGAACAUGGGAUGUUGUCACGUGACGCUGUUCAAACUCUCAUGGCAACCGCUGACACAGCUAUGGACACGAAAGACAGGUGAGUUUUGACCGAGUGAAGAAUGGUCCUGGUAAUGAGGUUGGGUAAGAUUUGGUUGCCAUUUGGUCCUAGCUGUCACGACUAUACUGAGGGUUCAGAUUUGAUUUCCACUACCGCUACUAUUAUGGGAUCAUUAGCCAAUCAGAUGCGUUUAAUCUAGCUGGUGAACCAAUCGGGUGCACACAGAGCAAUUGGUAGCUGAAGUCAAAUCUGAACCUCUUUAAUAUCAAAGUUGGAAUGUAAUAGAGUCUCGAUAUAUCUUCAGUAAGACUGCAUCACACAAAGAAGACUAGACUAUUCACAUCAAUAAACAUGGAUUGGUUACGAUAUUUACAACCAAAAAGGAGAGUAAACGUUAGUUCAUUUAACAUCACCAUGUUGAAGUAAUUCUGUCUUUCUUAAGAUGUGUUGAACUGAGUGAUUUAAAUGUUCACUGGGAAGUUCCUCCUUUCUUGCUAAAACUGGUAAGGAUAAUAUUUUGUUUGGGUCUUAACCUGACCCUAUAGCACAUAUAAACACUUGCUGUAUACAGCUAAUUCAAUUAAGGUUGUCCUUACAAAAACGUAAACCUUAAACUCUGAGCGCGCAAAGGACGAUGGGUUAUUGCUUAUUUAGACUCGUACACUUUGAAAUUUGGCUUUGCAAGAAUAUCUAAGACAUAUAAGACUCACGACAGAAAACAUACUUGCUGCAAAGGCAAUUCUCUGAGUUUUAAGGACCUAAUAAGUGAAAACCCAUCAUCCCUUACGCGCUCAGAGUUUAAGGUUUAAGGUUUUCGAAGGACAACCUUAAUUGAAUCAACUGUAUAUGAACUUGUGGUUAGAGCUCGACAACUGGCCUCUGUAGUUCAGUUGGUUAAAGCACUGCACCGGAAUCGCAGGGCAACAGGUUUGAUUUCUGCCAGGACCUAUAGUUGUAUUUUUCCAAACUGUUCCUGGUUAGGUUUAAUAAAUGUAUCAACACAUUAACAAAACUCUUCAGAGUUUUACUGAAACCCCAUUAUUCUCAACUUUAUAGAAAGAUAAGAUCGAAAGUUUGAAAAAAAUGGACCCCACAGAAAUCAUCCCUGCUCCAGACCACCCUAUACGACGUCGUUUGUAUUAUGUUGCUACGAAUUUCUGGUUCGAUACGACGGUGAAUAUGCUAAUUAUUAUCAACAUGAUUCCUAUUUCAUUGGAGCUGAGUGUGGAUGAAGAUGUCUCGUAUUUCAUCGUGCUCCGAGUUCUUAACUAUAUAUUUUGUUCCAUCUACGUCUCUGAGGCAAUAGUCAAGGUAUGAAACAUUAAUUUCUUUCUUCAUACAUGUAUGCUUAAUUACAGAGGGUAUGCUUAUUGAGUUUGUUGAGUUUUUCGCUCUUUAGUGAGCGGAUCCGAGGUACCUACGACUUUAACGUCCUUCUCCUUACUGAUGUCAAUGUAAAGGUAGCUCUUUCUCCUCAGUUAUUUUAAGAGCUUGAGUGGUGGUCCGCGCAAGGAUUGAACGCGAGUCUCCCAGCUUGAAAAGGCAAGCGUUGUGACCACGUCAACACAAGUGCUGAUUAAACCUAAGUGGCAAUGCGCCCAGAUGCUCCCCACUUUGUUAUAUUACUCUGACUAACGCUAGGCGAUUUUACUCUUCGGGGAGAGAGUGCUGCCAUUCAAUGGGUUAAAACAUGGUUGUCCAAUAGGCUAUUUCUGUCUUGCCAACAUACAAUAGCGUGAGAACGAGGCUCUGUGCUAAAUUGUAAUGUUUCGUUGUCAAAUUAAGAACACCAAGCCUUCAUUCAGAAAUGGCCUAUUCAUUCGUAUGAGGUUAGUAAGCACUUGAUGGAUUGCCAAAACUGAUCAUCCUGAUUUUUUAUUUAGAUUGUAGCUUUUGGUCGAUAUUAUUUCUCUGAUUAUUGGAACUUGCUGGAUCUGUUAAUUGUGAUAUUUUCAUUGAUUGAUAUUGUUAUUGACAUGGCAACUAAUGGUGCCACAGGGAGCUUCUCACCUGCUAUUCUUAGAGUUGCGAGGGUUUUCAGAAUUCUCAGAAUGGGGCGUCUACUCAGGUUACUCAAGGUAGGAAAUGAUUUUCUCAGAAAAGUUUCUUGAACUUUGCAUUAAUAAAUAUUGCAGUGUAACUUUUUUGACCAGUUAUAGUGAUGAAAAUUAUCACCAGUUAUAGUGAUGAAAAUUAUCUUCAAUAAAAUUUAUUUGUCACCAGUUCUUACACAGGAUUGUAAAUAACAGAAACGAAUGAAUGGAAUCUAUUGGGAUUAAGAUUGUACCAAACUUUAGGUUUUUAGUACGAAAAUUGAGCGUUAUUUCUCGUGUUGUUAGACAAUGAUGCCGAAGAUUAUCUCGAUGAUCAAUGACGUCAUCCACCAUCAGCUGAGUUUUGGUUAUGAUGUUGGGAAAGGCUUUAUAGUCGGAGAAGAAGAAGUAUCAAAACAUAUUCAUGACAUGGUCGCUGAUAAAAGAGUUGCACGUGAUUUGAAGGCGAGGUCGGAGAAGGGUCGACUUGAUGUCGUCAAGAGCCUGGGUAAGAAUACAUUGCUGAUUUCAUAAUGAGCCGCUACUAACAACUGAAAUUCACCCCCCCUCCAAAAAAAAAAAAAACCCAAAAAACCCCCCAAAAAAACCAAAACACAAAGAUGAUCGCCGAUAAGCGGGAAGAAUUAAACGAAAGGGUUGAAACAUCGACUAGAUGACAUUUCUAAAUGCCUUAAAAUUCACAAUUUAUUUGUGUUUCGAGUAUUUUUUUGCAGAUUCUAUGUCUUUUUGGACAUAUCUUCAAUACACGAUUAAUUUUUCGUAUGUUUUUACAUGAAACACUCGGAGGGUUUUUCCGCACAAUCAUGUGUUCCAGGAGUAACUUGUUCUCGUGACGUCAAGUAUAAUGACUCUGAGCCGUUUAAAAGGUUUACAGAAUUCGAGAGAAGAAAUCAUCGAUGAUCAAGGGGUUCAAGUAUAGGUCUUUUAAAAUAAAUACAAUAUUAUUUCGAUCAUAGUGGGGGCUCCCUGUGCAUGCCAUACCCUAUACAAAUAUUAUCUUGGUUUGCAAUAAUAAUUUUUUUUCUCCAGGUCUCCUCCAGAAAGAAUACCCUGGUAUUGCAAUUUCAGUCAAAACUCGGCAGUCAAUACGUUCUGUUCUCAAUACUGCUAUGGACGCAGUUCACAAUCUCCGAGGAGGAGGUUUGCUUGAUGAGACUGAGGCCAAGAAACUGGAAAAGGUUAUUGAAGUUCUGCUUUUAACUAAUAUAUCAUACAAGAAUUUAUAGAUGCAGAACAUGAAGCAUAAAAAUACUGCUUCUUUUCAUUAUUUUGAAAAUCCUACUGUUCUCCAUGCCAUCCAAUUCAUGAUUCAGUGAUCAGAAUGUUCCAUUGUCUUUUCAUUAUUUUGAAAAUCCUACUGUUCUCCAUGCCAUCCAAUGUCAUGAUUCAGUGGAUCAGAAUGUUCCAUUGUCUUUUCAUUAUUAUGAUGCAGUGAUUAGAAUGUUCCAUUGUCUUUUCAUUCCAGUCAUGAUUCAGUGAUCAGAAUGUUCCAUUGUCUUUUCAUUAUUUUGAAAAUCCUACUGCUCUCUAUGCCAUCCAGUCAUGAUCCAGUGAUUGGAAUGUUUUUGAAAAUCCUACUGUUCUCCAUGCCAUCCAAUUCAUUCCAGUCAUGAUUCAGUGAUCAGAAUGUUCCAUUGUCUUUUCAUUAAUUUUGAAAAUCCUACUGCUCUCUAUGCCAUCCAGUCAUGAUCCAGUGAUUGGACUGUUGCAUUGUCCUUUCAUUGUUUUGAAAUCCCACUGUUCUCCAUGCCAUCCAGUCAUGAUCCAGUGAUCAGAAUGGACUGUUGCAUUGUCCUUUCAUUGUUUUGAAAUCCCACUGUUCUCCAUGCCAUCCAGUCAUGAUCCAGUGAUCAGAAUGUUCCAUUUUCUUUUCAUUGUUUUGAAAAUCCAACUGUUCUCCAUGCCAUCCAGUCAUGAUCCAGUGAUCAGAAUGUUCCACUGUCUUUUCAUUAUUUUGAAAAUCCUACUGUUCUCCAUGCCAUCCAGUCGUGAUCCAGUGAUUGGAAUGUUCCAUUUUCUUUUCAUUGUUUUGAAAAUCCAACUGUUCUCCAUGCCAUCCAGUCAUGAUCCAGUGAUCAGAAUGUUCCACUGUCUUUUCAUUAUUUUGAAAAUCCUACUGUUCUCCAUGCCAUCCAGUCGUGAUCCAGUGAUUGGAAUGUUGCAUUGUCCUUUCAUUGUUUUGAAAAUCCAACUGUUCUCCAUGCCAUCCAGUCAUGAUCCAGUGAUCAGAAUGUUCCAUUUUCUUUUCAUUGUUUUGAAAAUCCAACUGUUCUCCAUGCCAUCCAGUCAUGAUCCAGUGAUUGGAAUGUUGCAUUGUCCUUUCAUUGUUUUGAAAAUCUCACUGUUCUCCAUGCCAUCCAGUCAUGAUCCAGUGAUCAGAAUGUUCCAUUGUCUUUUCAUUGUUUGAAAAAUCUCACUGUUCUCCAUGCCAUCCAGUCAUGAUCCAGUGAUCAGAAUGUUCCAUUGUCUUUUCAUUGUUUGAAAAAUCUCACUGUUCUCCAUGCCAUCCAGUCAUGAUCCAGUGAUCAGAAUGUUCCAUUAUCUUUUCAUUGUUUUGAAAAUCUCACUGUUCUCCAUGCCAUCCAGUCAUGAUCCAGUGAUCAGAAUGUUCCAUUAUCUUUUCAUUGUUUUGAAAAUCUCACUGUUCUCCAUGCCAUCCAGUCAUGAUCCAGUGAUCAGAAUGUUCCAUUGUCUUUUCAUUGUUUUGAAAAUCCUACUGUUCUCCAUGCCAUCCAGUCAUGAUCCAGUGAUCAGAAUGUUCCAUUAUCUUUUCAUUGUUUUGAAAAUCUCACUGUUCUCCAUGCCAUCCAGUCAUGAUCCAGUGAUCAGAAUGUUCCAUUAUCUUUUCAUUGUUUUGAAAAUCUCACUGUUCUCCAUGCCAUCCAGUCAUGAUCCAGUGAUUGGAAUGUUGCAUUGUCCUUUCAUUGUUUUGAAAAUCUCACUGUUCUCCAUGCCAUCCAGUCAUGAUCCAGUGAUCAGAAUGUUCCAUUGUCUUUUCAUUGUUUUGAAAAUCUCACUGUUCUCCAUGCCAUCCAGUCAUGAUCCAGUGAUCAGAAUGUUCCACUGUCUUUUCAUUGUUUUGAAAAUCCAACUGUUCUCCAUGUCAUCCAGUCAUGACUCAGUGAUCAAAAUGUUCCAUUGCCUUUUCAUUAUUUUGAAAAUCCUACUGUUCUCCAUGUCAUCCAGUUAUGAUCCAGUGAUCAGAAUGUUCCAUUGUCUUUUCAUUAUUUUGAAAAUCCCACAGUGUUCCAUGCCAUCCAGUUAUGAUCCAGUGAUCAGAAUGUUCCAUUGUCUUUUCAUUAUUUUGAAAAUCCCACAGUGUUCCAUGCCAUCCAGUCAUGAUCCAGUGAUUGGAAUGUUGCAUUGUCCUUUCAUUGUUUUGAAAAUCCCACUAUUUUCCAUGUAAUCCAGUCACCUAUUGUUUUGACAUACUUGUAAGGUUAUGCGAGGAUAUACUCUUCGAUCAAACCCAUUUCAAAGGCUCCGUUUACACGCGAAAAGACCCGUUUACACUUGCAUUUUUUGCUGCUAUUUCUAGUGUAAUUUUGUUCUUGAGUUAUGAAUGUUCUGAGUAUAUGUAUGCCCUCAACUGAACAUUCAUCACUCAUUCACAUCGAUCAGAAGAAGAAAAUUGCACUGCAAAUCGCAAAGUGUUGACAGGUGCUUUGAAAUUUCCCCGUUGUUUGACGGAGUGUUUUCUUUCUAGGUUAUUGAAGUGAAAAUGAAACGGCAACUGAGUGCACCAUCUUACAUUCACCCACCCUCCCCUGAGGUGUUACUCCGCAGUACGGUCUGGCUUGAAGGCAUGGAUGAAGAAAUUAUUGAUUAUGUUGCAAGUCUGGCUGUGGAAAAGAUAUUCGAUAGUGGUGAUACGAUAGUACGUCAAGGAGACAAGACUGAUGGAAUGUAUCUUAUUAUAACUGGUCUUGUUAAGGUAUGUAGUUGUAGAAUGAUAUCAAUAUGUCGUAAACCAGCUUUGCAUCUACUAGAUAGCUCUAUCAGAUUCUUUUUUCCUAGACGUCUGGUACAAGAGUCAUCCCUUAUUGGUCAGCCUAGGUAGUAGGUAUGCCUGUGCCCCCCCCCCCUUGCAUUUUACCAGAAUUUUUAAAACCUGUUUUUAUCUCUCGAAACUAACUGUUUUGAUACGAGAAAUGCUUUUCGACCAUUUUCAGAAAGUUUCGGGAAGUUUGGAGUGGUUUGGGGCACUUUUUGAUUUUUUAAAAAAUUCCUGUGGUCAUCCCAUGGAAAAUGACUGAUUUUUUUCACCACCCCGAACCCAUGCAAAAUGACUGAUUUUAAAUUAAAAAUAAAAAAAACCAGUUUAGAACUAUUUAAAACAGUUUAGUCUAAAUUGUUCUUCCUGGAAGUCCAAUAAGGGUCAUCCCUUAUUGGACCUCCAGGAACAACAAUUUAGAACAGAUAAAGUUGUCCAGAAAGUUUAAAAUUGACAGAGCUAUCCCGACAAAAUAAGAGAUGACUCUUACCGGACCUCUAGGAAGAACAGUUUAAAAUUGACAGAGCUAUCCAGACAAAAUAAGGGAAGACUCUUAUCGGACCUCUAGGAAGAACAGUUUAGAACUGACAGAGCUAUCCAGACAAAAUAAGGGAAGACUCUUAUCGGACCUCUAGGAAGAACAGUUUAGAACUGACAGGGUCUCUUACCGCUAUCUUACUGGCACGAAUAUUUGGAUCUCGUGUUCUUUUUUAAAGCGGUGAACGGCUUGGUCGACGUGUCCCAUGACGUCCUCCCCGAAGUCAUGUCCCAAACCAGAACGACCAGAUCCUCCAGUGGCAACCAAAUCUCCUUCCGUCCGGCCAAAUGCAAACCCUCUACCUACCAACGCUCCUUCUUUAUUCGUACAUCCAGAACUUGGAACUCUUUACCAACUACACUAAGAUCUCCUGACAUUAAUAUUAGGCAAUUCAAAACCGAUUUACAAACUUACUACCUGACAGCCCUGAGAGAAUGUUUCGACGAAGAAGAUCCGAGGACAUGGAAGACUAUUUGUCUGAAGUGUAACACUAGUCGUUACUUACGUUCUAAACUAACUUGUUGUUUUUAGUCUCCUGUCCAUGUACUGUAUGUUAUAUGUUCUGUACUGUAUGUGUAUUUUUGUAUAGGGCCCACAGUAAUUGGUUUACACUGUUGUGGUGUCCCUGCCAUUUUUGUCCAUGUUUAUUGUGUAGAUGUCUAUUUGCUGUUCUGUUAAGUGUUUUUGGCAAAGUUUAAUAAAUAAAUAAAUAAAUAGAGCUGUCCACAAGAAAUAAGGGUCAUCCCUUAUUUAGUAUGGAUAGCUUUAAAGAUAUCUUUAGCGUUCCAAACUGUUCUUUCUAGAAGAAAGACCGCUUUGCUUUUAGUUUUUGAUAACUAUCGCACAGAAGUUAUCGAUAAUAUUUGUCAUUAUGCGGUUAUAUUUUACAACUGUACAAAUAUGUACAUCCAUAUAUGUAAGACACUCAAGAAAAGUGGUCUAGCGACACGUGAAACGUGAAAGCUGCUACUGGUGAUCAGAAAUCUUUGCGCUUCUUUAAACUAAAACCCUUUCCGUGGAUAAACCGUUUGUCUUUAGUUCAUUUGAUUUUUUCUCCCCGAAGAACACGCAAACAGUUAAAUAUAACAUUCGUUAUAAUUUUAGCAUUCUAUUUAUAUUUCCAGCUAAGUGUUACCUUGCGCGCGCGCAAGAUAUGAUAAUUAACUUUAGUGCGUAAACAAGAACACAACAGUGUGUAUCGCACAUUGUUUAGAUGUGAGAACAGAAGUUAUUUAUAACAACACAUUGUUAUGGCGACCUCGUCUAAACAAACAUAGUGUAAUCAUGAAAUCUUGACAUUGUGAAGUAGUGUCUAGGUAUCGGUACUUGAGAAUAUCUAGAUUGUACAUUCAUGUACAUAUAUAGUCCACCAGUUUUCAAGUGGCCGGCUCUGCAAGAGAGAACAGUCACUUAAGUCAAGUGGUACAAGUUUAUUUCCAUCAGAGAGGUUAAGACAUGCAAUGUUCAUUUAUAGUUGCCACCUACAGUUCUGUGAUAGAAGACAGUCGAUUAAAUCAAGUGGUUCAAAGUGCCUCCUAUUAAAGAGGUUAAAAUGUACAAUGUACUUAUGUACAUAUAUAGUUUAUUCCCAUUAGAGAGGUUAAACAUACAAUGUUCAUAUAUAGUCGGUCUAGUGGCCACCUUGAAUUCAGUGAUAGAAAACAUUCACUUGUACGUCAAGUAAUGCCAGGUGGUGUGGAAUAUGUACAAGUUUUCCUCCAUAACGUUUACAUACAUGAAGUGCAUACAUAGUUUACAAACUUGGUUCAAGUAACCACUUAGAAAGCAAUAAUCACUUGAGUGAAGUGGUUUUAGUUGCCAAGUGGCAUUGGGAAAUACCCAGUAAACGUUUAGCAAGGCUUUGAUUUCUAUAAGAGCCGUUAUUGUUUACAAAUAUACAGACUUUGCACUUCUUUGUUUGUGUCUGAACUACUUUAAAAAAAAUUAAGAACACUUCGACGUUUCAAGACCCUUCGUUGGCCACUACCAACCUCUUUCUGUGAUACGAUCGUCAAAGAGUCUCUGAUCUUUUUAAUAAAGUAGCUCAGACACAAACUACGGCAGUUUAAUACACGCUUAAUGGACCCACUUUUGAGAGAUCGUUUUCAGGUAGUUUAGGCACAAACCACGGCAGCGUGUUGUGUACAAUACUACUUAAAACCGAACUACCAUGUUUAAAUGUAGCAACAUUUGUUUAAAUAAACUGAUGAAUGAACUAGCAAGGAGUACAAUUGAUAAGCUUAGAUGUAGGACACAACUACUUGUAAAAUAAUCACAAACAUCGUCAUUUUAAGCAAACUGCCUUCGUCUGUUAGUUAGUAGCGCUAUCAACCUCCAGGCAAAGGACCUCUGCUGCCGAAGUUUGUCCAUCCUAAAUAAACUCUAUCAUUAUUUUUGAUGGGAAUACCAAAUGUAGAACUUUUUAGGCUCAGGCGAUUUGUAAUAGAAAUUGAAACAACGUAUGACUAAGGAAUUUGCAAACAGAAUUUUUGUAUAUUUACAGAUGAUUGGUGUGUCCAUUCCACUGAAAGAACACGAUGAGACAAGAUUGGGUGAAAUGAACGUUCAGACUGACUAUCUCUGUGCUGGAAAUAUCAUCGGAGAAAUGGGGAUGUUGACUGGUUCUGCUAGGAAUGCUUCUGUCAUUUGUGAAACCACUGUUCAGGUAUGAUAUGCUAUGAUGUGAUGUGAUGUGACAUGGUAUGGCAUAGUCUGAUGUGGUGUGGUGUGGUAUGAUAUGGUAUGGUAUGAUAUGGUAUGGUAUGAUAUGGUAUGGUAUGGUAUGGUAUGGUAUGGUAUGAUAUGGUAUGGUAUGGUAUGAUAUGGUAUGGUAUGGUAAGGUGCAGUAUUGUGUGGUAUGGCACGGUGUGGUAUGGUGUGGUAUGAUAUGGUAUGGUAUGGUAUGGUAUGGUAUGGUAUGAUAUGGUAUGGUAUGAUAUGGUAUGGUAUGAUAUGGUAUGAUAUGGUAUGGUAUGGUAAGGUGCAGUAUUGUGUGGUAUGGCACGGUGUGGUAUGGUGUGGUAUGAUAUGGUAUGGUAUGAUAUGGUGUGGUAUGGUAUGGUAUGGUAUGGUGCAGUAUUGUGUGGUAUGGUACGGUGUGGUAUGAUGUGGUAUGAUAUGGUAUGGUACGGUGUGGUAUAGUGUGAUAUGGUAUGGUGUGGUAUGGUGUGGUAUGGUGUGGUAUGGUGUGGUAUGGUGUGGUAUGGUGUGGUACGGUGUGGUAUAGUGUAGUAUGAUAUGGUGUGGUGUGGUAUGAUAUGGUAUGGUAUGGUAUGGUACGGUGUGGUAUGGUGUGAUAUGGUGUGGUAUGAUUUGGUAUGGUAUGAUACGGUGUGGUAUGGUGUGAUAUGGUGUAGUAUGAUUUGGUAUGGUAUGGUACGGUGUGGUAUGGUGUGGUAGUGCUAUCUAUAGUAUGGUGUGUUAUGUUACAAUAUGAUGCAAUGCUAUACUAAGUAUUACCAUCACAUUCUGUUUUUCUAGUUAUAUUUUCUCUCUGUUGAGAAGAUGGAAAAAGCACUACAACUCUAUCCUUCACUAACGGAAAGCAUCUGGCGAGUAUGUAGUAUCCGUAUUGCAGUACCCUUGCUCAUGAGUCACCCGACUUAUAGCGGCUGGACUAAAGAGAAAAUCAGAUUAUUCUGUGAAAAAUCUACAAUGGUAGACCUACCCAAAGCUAGUCAGGGCCAAACUAUAUUUCAACCAUCGCCACAUGCGGUAGAGCUGGUUCUUAUCCAUGGUAAAGUAACGUGUGUUUCCAACCGCGACACUUUUGAAGGACCAUGUAUACUUCCUAACUGUGAUGAGAGGUUACUAGUCCACCAUACUGACGGGACGUCACCUCGGAUACUGGAGAUUCAAGGUGUUGAAUCUGACUCUCACCUGGGAACUACCAGACUGCAAAGUAUCACCGAGGAAGAUCUUGCUGGUGAGUGUUGGUGCUGUUGUUGUUCCGUGGCAAAUCUAGCUCUAUCUUUUCUCAAAAGAGGUCCAGUAACGAUCAUCUCUUAUUGAACCAGUGUUACUACAGGAGGAAACCUAAACUAAACUAACUUUAUUUGUACUGGAUAGCUCUAUCAGUUCUAAACUGUUCUCCCUGGAGGUCCUGUAAGGAUCAUCUCUUAUUGAUCCAGUGUUACUACAGGAGGAAACCUAAACUAAACUAACUUUAUUUAUACUGAUAGCUCUAUCACUUGAUCCAGUGUUAUUACAGAGGGGAAAAGACUACGCGGAGAAAGCGUGUUUAGUUCUCUCAACUCAGGAACAGGCUUCUUCGCCAAAUAUUCAUUCGCUAUUUUUCUAAAUUGCAGAAAUUGAAAGCAAAAUCAGCAACGCCAACAGUGACAAAAGCGCACUUAGUGCAACUGAAGUAAAAUUCCGUGGCAAAGCUCCACCAGUAAACCGUGCUCUGGAACCGCUCCCUCAUAAAUACAAAGGAAUGCCUCUAUCUGUCUCUCUCACUCCAGAGAAUGAUCCUACGAAACUCACUGACGUCUCUGAGAAGUAGAGGUUUGUGCUCUAUUUUAUCUCACGUUUAGUCAAUUGGACAUUUUGUGUGAAAACAAUUUAGUAUUUACUCAAGCAAUGGAAAAUUAUUCUGUAAUUACACGUUAGAACAGGCUUACUGCAUUUAUUCUUUUUUGUUUUUAAUUUUUGUUUGUCCGCGUUUGAUGUUUGAUAUCCAUCAUAUUGCCAAGCUGG